GUUAUAAACUAUACAUUUUUUUUUUGUAUUUUUAUACUGUUCUUUCGAGAUAAAAAGUAUUAAUCCGUUGCAAAGUUGGAUCACAGAUAAAAUUUAUUCAAAUAGUCCAAGAAUCAGAACCGGAUGUACAGAGCCAUAUUGGUAUCACAACUCCAUUUCACUGUUAUUUUAGAAAAGCUUACUGCAAUUUCAUUCAAGUCCGAGUUCGGUAAGAGAAAAAGCGUCUCCAUUUCACGAUUGCGAAUUGCUUGUCUAAGUAGAGGCAAUAUCAAGAAACUCAAAAACUUGUGGCAGUUUUCUCAAAUUCUGGUAAGAAUCUGUCCCUUGAAAGAUUUUCCUUCUUCCUGGUUUUUCCAAUUAAACAAGCCAUGGAGAGCUCCACCCUUUUUAGCUUUUACUAAAUUUCGUACGGACGUCGCACCUCCUGCUGCCGUAUCAGAUCCCAGCUAUCAUUCCUCCUCCGUCUUCUUCUUCUUCUUGAUCGUCAUCUUCAUCGUCGUCAGCUUCUUGUUCCGUUCCCUUCCGAAGCAGUCGCUCGUGGCCUCCACUCCACAAGUGCUUUUCCGCAUCCCACCAGACUUGAUCUUUCCUCGUGGUGGAAUCGGAAAAGGCGAAGAAUAAUGGCAGUCUACGUCGGUGGUGGUAACGCCUCGCCGACCAUUCACCCGAAUCUCCUUUCAGGCUUCCUGUUUCAGCUGCCUCCUCAUGAUUCCAUCCGUUUUAAUGCAUUUUGAUGGGUCCCCACUAGGCUCAAUGGAGUUGGGAUUCCGGGCUUCUGGCAUUCUGGCCGCCGCCGGAAAUAUGGUUCAGGGGAGUGGCCUGUUGCUCGUCUUUUGCGGAAUCCAGACUCUUAUCUUCCUCUUCUUGGUCGUGGCCUUUAUGAAGAGGCGGAAUGAGGACGAGCGGAAGAACGCAGAUCAGUUUUACCGUAUUCCGGAAUUUGACGGUGAUGGGUUCCAUGAGAAUGGACUCUACCGACGGGCUUCCGUCUAUGUGAACUCGCUCCCCGCGGCACAGGACACAGAGUUUACGACUCUCUUCACGGCGACAAAUUCGGCGGAGAUCUCCCUCCGCCUCGACGCCAAUCGGACGGUGACGGACUCGUUUCUUGGAGCCAAGUUGUGGUGGAAGAACGAGGAAGACGGUCACGGAAGGCGAGCCUUCGUGCUCAGAGUCAGGAAGAAGGACAAGGACGGCGUUCUCCGGCCGUAUCUCCAACACGUGCAGGCUGUUGCAGAGGAGAUCUCCGGCCACAGCAAGGAGCUCCGCCUCUUCACGAACUUUAAUCAACGGUGGCGGUCUGCCCCCUUCCGCCACCCAGCCACAUUUGCUACGGUGGCAAUGGAACCGGACGUGAAGCGCUGGCUCAAGUCCGACCUAGAAACGUUCAUGAAGGGCCGCCAAUACUAUCUUCGCGUUGGCCGGAGCUGGAAGCGCAACUACCUCUUUUAUGGCGCCACUGGCACCGGAAAAUCCACGACGAUCGCCGCUAUCGCGAAUUUUCUCAACUUCGAUAUCUACGUCCUCGAGCUCUCGCAGAUUGCUGAUGAUUCCGAGCUCAAGAUCCUCGUCCAGCAGACCGGCGGCCGGUCGAUUCUCGUCGUUGAGGACCUAGACGAGUUCUUCCCGGCCCUGACUGCUGACAAGAACUUGACCAUCGGAAGGACGACAACGGGGGUAACCCUGUCCGGCGUGUUGAACAUACUGGACGGGAUCUGGUCGUGUUGCGAGGAGCAGCGGAUCAUGGUCUUCACGAUGAAAAGCAGGGACGGCAUCGAUCCCGCGAUCCUCCGGGCCGGCAGGCUCGACGUACACGUGUAUUUCCCGGCCUGCACCUUUGCGGCGUUCAAAACCCUCGCCUGCAAUUACCUCGGCCUGAAGGACCAUAAACUCUUUCCCCUCGUCGAGGAAAGCAUCCAAGCCGGCUCGUCGCUCACUCCGGCCGACAUCGGCGAGAUCAUGAUCCUGAACCGGUGUUCUCCCAGCCGCGCCCUGAAGUCGGUCAUCAACGCCUUGCAGUCCAACAAUCGGCAGGCUAGGAGGUGCCGCAUCAGCUACCCAAGCGACGACGAGGGUGACUUGCCGGGCUCCGGCCGAAUUUUCCGCCGGGAAAUUCUUUCACUCACGGACUUGAGGAAGUUGUAUAAUUUCCUGAGGUUAAAGAACCGAAGGAAGACGCCGCAGUUGUCUUACGAUGCCAAAGAGGCCUGACGCCGGAACAAAGCCGGCGAUUUUCCGUUCGCCGGCCGGCAUGGAGUUGGGCAUUACUCGGGAUUUUUAUUUCAAACAUCUGUUUGAUGAAAAGCUAUUCGGACUCUUUUUGGUCCCCCAUCUAUCUAGAUUUUCUUCCAAAUGCUCGUGGUGUUUAUUGCUAAUCUUUGUUGUGGAGACGGACAGGCCGGAUUGGGUUGGAAAAAUAAAACACCCGUUUGGCAUUUGUAUA